CUCACUAGUCCCAAACUAGGAAGCUACGCAAGAUCCAGGAUGGCCCAAACUGCGACCGCCCUCCUUUUUCUCUUCUGCCGCCGCCUCGCCUCUUUCUGCUCCUCCUCCUCCUCCUCUUUCUCUCUCGACCUCAACUCGACCUCGCUCGACUCCCAACACCCACCGAACGUCGACCAUCGCAUCGACACUGGAGAAGAAGCACUGCUUGCCGUUCUCUCUCCCACCACUCGCUCGCUCGAGUGUCGUCUAGGUCCUCGCCGCAAUGGACGCUCUCAAUGUCUUCGCAAAGCGCGAAGAGCCAGAGAAGCCCAGCGAUGCAUCCAACUCGCUGUCGGGGUUUCUUUCGACCCUCGUGCCCACCGCCAUCAUCUCUGCUAUCAUGGUGGUGCUCUUUUUGAUCUUGCGCCAGAGCCAGCGUCGUCAGUACGUUCCCAGAACAUACAUCGGAGCUCUGCGCCAGCAUGAGCGCACUCCCGCACCAAAGCCCGGCCUCUUUGGCUGGGUCAGCUCCAUGUGGAGCCUGCCAGAUACCUACGUCCUGCGCCAUCAGUCUAUGGAUGCCUACCUCCUGCUGCGCUACCUCAAGAUCGCAACGGCUCUCUGCUUCUUUGGAUGUCUUAUCACCUGGCCCGUGCUUUUCCCAGUCAACAUCACCGGUCAUGGCGGCCGUCAGCAGCUUGAUAUGCUUGCCAUUGGCAACGUGAACGCCAAGCGUCCUGGCAAUCUGUACAGAUACUUUGCCCAUUGCUUCGUGGCUUGGGCUUUCGUCGGAUUCGUAUUCUGGAUGGUUACUCGUGAACUGCUUUACUUUAUCAACCUGCGACAGGCUUACUUCAUGUCUCCGCUGUAUGCGGAGCGCAUCUCCUCCAAGACUGUUCUCUUCACCUCGGUGCCGGAGGACUACUGCGACGAGGCUAAGAUUCGUGCCAUGUACGGAAACGACAAGGUCAAGAAUGUCUGGCUCGUCACUGAUGUCAAGGAGCUUGAGAAACUUGUCGAGGAGCGUGACAAGGCUGCCUUCCUACUUGAGGGUGCCGAGACCAAGCUCAUCAAGAUGGCCAACGUUGCUCGAGGCAAGGCUCUCCAGAAAGGAGGCGAAGUUGAUGACCCAGCUGCACAUGGGAAUAUCGGCGAAGCUGAGUCUGGCUCCGUUGCCGCACGUUGGGUUAAGCCAAACCAGCGACCAACCCACCGUCUCCUGCCCAUCAUUGGCAAGAAGGUCGACAGCAUCAACUGGGCUCGUGAGGAAAUCGGACGUUUGACCCCUGAUAUCGAUAACCUUCAGCGUAAUCACCUCAACGGACAAGCCAAACGCAUCUCUGCCGUUUUCGUUGAAUUCAUCAACCAAAAUGAGGCUCAGGCUGCUUACCAGAUGUUGGCUCAUAACCUUCCGCUACACAUGGCUCCUCGCUACAUUGGUAUUAACCCAAGUGACAUCAUCUGGUCUAACCUGCGUAUCAAAUGGUGGGAGCUCAUCAUCCGUUAUUCUGCCACUGUCGCUGCCGUUACUGCUCUCAUCGUCUUCUGGGCUAUUCCCGUUGCCGCUGUUGGUGCCAUCUCAAACAUCGACUAUUUGAUGGCUAAGGUUCCAUUCCUGAGAUUCAUCGGCAAAAUCCCACCUGUGAUUCUUGGUGUUGUCACUGGAUUGCUCCCUACUAUCUUACUUGCUGUUCUCAUGGCCCUGCUGCCAAUUGUUCUUAGGCGUAAGUCUUGA